AUGGCUAUACACGCAGUACAUGUCAAUACAUGUAAUUCAUGGGAGUACAUGGCUGUACAUGACAGUACACAGCUAUAUAUGGCAGUACUUGGCAAUACAUGGCAAAACAUAGUAAUACAUAAUAAUACAUAGUAAUACAUACCAAUACAUGGCAGUACAUGGUAUACAUGGCUAUGCAUGGCAGUACAUGGUAAUACAUAGCAAUACAUAGCAAUACCUGGUAAUACAUGGCAAUACAUGGCUAUACAUGGCUAUACAUGGCAAUACAUGGCAAUACAUGGUAACACAUGAUAAUAUAUGGCUAUAUAUGGCAAUACAUGGUAAUACAUAGUAAUACAUGACUAUACAAGGCAAUACAUGGCAAUACACGCCUGUACAUAGUACUACAUGGCAAAACAUAGCUAUACAAAGCUAUACAUGGGAAUACAUGGUAAUACAUAAGAAUACAUGGCAAGACAUGGCAAUACAUGGCAGUACAUUGUAAUACGUUGCAAUACAUGGCUAUACAUGGGUAUACAUGGCUAUACAUGAGUAUACAUGGUAAUACAUGGCUAUACAUGGUAAUAAAUGGCAAUACAUAGUAAUACAUGGCAAUACAUGGCUAUACAUGGGUAUACAUGGCUGUACAUGGCUAUACAUGGUAAUACAUGGUAAUACAUGGCAAUACAUGGCAAUACAUGGGUAUACAUAGCUAUACAUUGGUACACAUGGUAAUACGUGGCUAUACAUGGCUAUACAUGGCAUUACAUGGCUAUACAUGGCAAUACAUGGGUAUACAUGGUAAUACAUGGCAAUACGUGGUAAUACAUGGCAAUACAUGGCUAUACAUGGGUAUACAUGGCUAUACAUGAUAAUACAUGGCUAUACAUGGUAAUACAUGGCAAUAAAUGGUAAUACAUGGCAAUACAUGGCUAUACAUGGGAAUACAUGGCUAUAUAUGGGUAUACAUGGCAUUACGUGGCUAUACAUGGCAAUACUUGGCUAUACAUGGGUAUACAUGGUUGUACAUGAGUAUGCAUGGUAAUACAUGGCUAUACAUGGGUAUACAUGGCAUUACGUGGCUAUACAUGGCAAUACUUCGCUAUACAUGGGUAUACAUGGUUGUACAUGAGUAUACAUGGUAAUACAUGGCUAUACAUGGUUUUACAUGGCUAUAAAUGGCAUUACAUGGCUAUACAUGGCUAUACAUGGCAAUACAUGGGUAUACAUGGUAAUACAUGGCAAUACAUUGGUAUACAUGGUAAUACG